GCUGUAACGACUGUUCAACGGGUGCCUGUGCUAUUCGUUUUCUUCAGAAAAUAUUUUUAAUCUCGCAGAAACCGUAAGAUGACUUGUUAAUGGUUCCUCGUAGCAUUGAGGCAUUUUAAUCGGGAAGCAUUUAAAGAGAAUCAGGCAUACGGAUCGUUAAUCAGUUCGAUCGUACAAGAUGUCGAACAUGUCAAGCCCCAGCCGGAGAUCUGUGGACAAUGACCCAUUCUUUGAAACUGAUUUCACUGCCGACAUAAGCCACAAAAUGCGAGUACCAAAGCACAUCACAGCAUCGGGUGAUGCUACAGAUGAAAGACAUGAUCACUGGCACCGAACAGACGUCCAUGAGAAAUUUGAGAUGUACGUCCCUGACAGAAUAUUAGUUGUUGGCCAAGAGCAGCACGUUGGAACAAAAGCACCACCUCGCGAACUCCAGCUUGAAAACGCUGUAAUGCCCCCUGACCCAGGCUUCAUCAGAGUUCAGACUCCUCCACGAGUUAUUUCCCUUGAUGAGCACUUCAUUCCAGCUGCUGACGAACCAACCUUUAACCAUCAAAAUGAAUUCAAAAACUCUCCUCCUACACUCAAUGGGUUUGUUUCCAGGAAUGAUUACAAAAAGAAAAUGGAGAUCUCUGUCAGGGAAACCACACCGCCCAAUGGAACUGCGGAUAUCUCGAUGAACAUGACUGGAUUGACCCCAGCAGAAGAGGUGCUGCAUCUGCGUCGCCAGGUGGUCAAACUCAGCCGCAGGGUGAUGGCAGUAGAAUUAGACUUGCAGCAACAACAGCAGAGGCAACAAAUUCUCUUGGGUCUAGGCAUUGCUUACUUUCUUGUAAAGUCUAUCGUGUGGAUCACACGGUCUAGUUAAAUAGCCAGUUCGCAAGAUUUCUGUGCUUCAGAUUUUCGUUUUUUUUUUGUAUAUUCAUAAAUUCCAGAUGUCUAGGGGCUUUCCUCACUUCAAUUUGGUUAAGACUGUCUUCACAAGUUAGUUAUAUUUGCCAAACUAUUUUGGAAGUCUCUGAUGUUGAGCAUAUUACUAAACCUAUCUUGAGAUACAAUUUUGUAGACUAUAAUUAAAUAAAAUUAAUCACUAAACAAUGGCAAAGUUCAA